AUGAUAUUCAUCUUGAGUCUUAGGGGGGAGGGGGGCGUGUGCGGAUUGGUGAGUAUAAAAGAGUUGUCUUAUAUUUUCAAUAGUCUACUUUUCUUUCUUUUUUCUGUUGUUUUUUUUUUUUUUAAUUCAACUCUUCUGUUACACCAAAACUUUUUUCAAUACACAUGGCUAAAGUUUUUAGUUAAUCGCAGUGUAAUGGUUAUCAAAGGUAGGGGGAGAUACCCAAAGAAAAAACCUGUUGAAAUUGAAUCUCCAACUCCGCAUAUACUGAAAUUAGCGUCACUGAAAAGACAGGAUGCAGCUGAUAAAGCUCUGGAACUACUCCACGAAGUUGCAGCAUUAGUUGCACCAGUGAUGAGUCAUUAUGGAUUCAAAGUAGGUCUACUUUGUGAAAUGUACCCAAAGGAUAAAUGUUUGCUGGGACUCAAUGUCAACCGUGGCCAAAAGAUUUGCUUGCGUUUGAGAUCACCAACUGAUAACAAGUGGUUUUUGUGUCGAGAUGAGAUCGUUGGUACCAUGUUACAUGAGCUUACACAUAAUUGGCACGGAGCUCAUGAUAACACAUUCUACAAAACAUUAGAAGAACUGAAGGAUAAGUACUUAGAGUUUCAGGUAAACUCGUCACUUCGAAACUCAACUUAUAGGAACAAUUUUUCUGCACCAAGACCAUUGAGAUUUUCCGCAAAUAAACCCAAAGCUAAGUAUACUACCAGAGUUUCAAAGCUAGGGACAAAUAAAACAUUAACAACACCUACCCAAUUGGAUCCCUCGACUCUGCGUGCUAUCUUAUUUAAGGCAGCCCAACGUAGAAUUAAUGAUACAAAAAUAUGUGCUGAUGUGGAAUCAGCUAAGCUCAGCAAUGUUCCAGAAGAUGACGAGUUGAAGAUAAUAGAGGUGAUAUCUCUUGAUACGGAUAUCACAAAUUCACAAAGAGGAAUAGAACAAUUGUCUUCUAGCGAUGAUCCCCAUGAUUCACCAGAAGUAAUUGUUUUAGAUUAA